AAGCGCGAUAGUUGACGUGUUGCGAGCAACAGAAACGGUUACUUUGUGAUGAUAAAAACGUUUUGAAUACAUUGUGAAAUUAAAGAUGGAAAAACUUGCAAUUCUUCUUCUCAUAUCAAUAACUAUAACAGAAGGGAAUCCUGUAAUAACAAGACAGACGCUUAUACGUAAAAAUGACAGAGAACAUCUUUGCUCCAAUCUACUAAACUUCAAUAAAUUAUUUUAUGCUUUAGACAGUCAGAAAAACGUAAGCGGAGUCCCCGCAGAUAUGAGUGUCCAUUGGAAAACUGGUAAGGUAUAUUUUACCUUAAUAAGCGAUGAAAUGAAAAUGAGUUUACAAGUUCUGCAUCCAAGUGGCGAAAUUGACAUAAUAAAAGUCGCCGGACUCGGUCAAUCAACUUGUAUAGACAACCUAAACGACAUCGUAUAUCUAGCAACCGAUAACGGAGUUUAUAAAUACAAAGAAGAUGGUUCCAUCGAGUUAUACACAGCAUUAGGUGAGGAUGUGAUGUAUGUCGCUGUAACCAGUGAUGGUGGAACUAUGUUUGUAGCAACAUGGCCUCAGAAUAGAGUUCAUAAAAUAACAGGCGAUGGACAAAAGCAAGAAUCAUUUCCAGCUAUACCUAAUGGACACGGAUUGACCAUAGACACGAGAAAUAACAUUUAUUUUGUCGCUACAAAAACGUCAUAUGUUUUGAAAACAGGUUAUAGCAUACCGAUUAAAAUUAAAGGGUUGCCAAAUGAUAAAAUGACAGGAAUUUUUAUAAGUAGAUCAGAUGAAGUAUACGCUAUGGACGAGAACAGUAAUUUGUAUGUUAUAGAUCCGGAUAGCAUCAGUGCUAGAUUACUUGGUUCAUUCAGCGUUAGUGGAGUUAAUUCUUUUGCUAUGGACGCAGCUGAUAAUGUUUUGAUCGGUGUAAAAGGGGCAUUAUUGAAAUUUAACGCAUACGAAAAGAAUCCUUGCAUGCCGAUUGAAAAAAAGAAUCAAAAGGGGAAAAGGCACAGCAGGCGUCGCAAACACAAAAAGAGGACGACGACCACAACUGAAGCCGGCGAUGACGAUGAAGAAUAAAUCUAGUACAAAUAAAUACUUUAUUUAUUGAUUGUUUAUUUAUUAGUCAUUAUAAUUAAA